UAAUGUCCAAAACCCUAUUCACUGCUAUCUUUGAUCUUUUCUCUUCCUUCCGUUCAUCUUCUUCCCUCUAUGUUCAUCUUCUCCUGUUUUCUUUUCACUGUUUAUCUUCUGCAUUGGUCCUCACUCUGAUGUUCAUCUUCUCCGUCGUUUUUUCAUCCCUGAGUUUCUUCUUCUGUGUUUCGUGCUGAUUUUUCUUUUCUUGUUCCUCCCUCACCCAUAGUCUGUAACGGAAACUGAAUCGCCAAUCACACGAUUCAGAUCCUGUUUAUGUCACGAUUCAGGUUACAAAACGAUUCUUCAAACCAUAAGUAUCGCGGAGGAAGAAUCUUGUAACUAAUAGGGGUUCCAAUCGUACGAUUCUAACUACACUUACAAAUUCUAAAUUUGGUGGCUAUAGUCUGGCAAUCCUAAAAUGGACUUGCCUAAUCGUGAUAACCAGCAGAGUGUUGCUGUGAAGAAGACAGCACUGAGAGAUCUGCAGAAUGAUAAUAAAAUCAUGGUGCCAACCUCUGUUGGAAGCUCUUCGCUUUUAAAGGAUAAGGAUCCUGGUACUGAAUCGAAUAGGGUUUCCGGUACAAAGAGACCCUUUUCUGACCACCCAGUGAACCAAAAUCUCCAGCAAUCUCCGGGAAAUAAUGCUGCAAAUGGACAUCUUGUGUAUGUCCGUAGAAAAUCAGAAGCAGAAAUGGGCAAGGGCACUGCUUUUGAAAAUCCAAGUGUUAAUGCUUAUUGUUCACAUUCGAAGCAACUUUGUUGUGAAGAGGAGAAUGCUCAACCAAAAUCUCAGAUAAAGGAACCAAAGGUUUCUUCUUUCCCUGCAUUUGCACCUUUUCCCGUGGCUUCUUCGAUGAACUCAUCUGGAAAGCCUUCAGUUCCUGUUUCUCUUGGGAAAUCUUCAAUCAAGUUAGCACCAGUUGAGUCCAAUUACGUGACAGCUUCUUCUGGCGCUACUCCCACCACUGGUAAUCCAAAGGGAUUAAAAAAUCUGCACUGGGAAGAGCGAUACCAACAAUUGCAGAUGUUUUUGAAGAAAUUGGACCAAUCAGACCAAGAAGAAUAUAUCCAAAUGCUUCGCUCCCUGUCCUCAGUUGAACUUAGCAAACAUGCUGUUGAGUUAGAGAAGAGAUCAAUUCAGCUUUCAUUAGAGGAAGCCAAAGAAUUACAGCGUGUUGCUGCUUUAAAUGUGUUGGGUAAAUCAGUGAAGAACUUCAAAGCGCCAGUUGAUCACGACGAGUGUUCAGACAAGUUGAAGACGUGAUCAUGAUCUUUCUAUUUGGGCUGCUGUAAAUUUCCACGGGCAGUGGAAUCUUUCUGACUUUUUGUUUUGCUUAGAGUUUAUGCUGAUUCUCUUAAAAUCUUCUAGUUGACAGAAAUUAUCCAACACCUUGUCCACGAAAAUUGAAAAUGGUUAUCUAUUGCAGUUUGUGCUUCUUGUAUA